AUGGAUUAUUCAUUUGCGAGUGACGAUGCUUCGGGCACGGCACUGCAUCACGUUGACGACGCGGAGGCUGCUGAAGGCGAAGAGGCGGACGACGACGACCUCUUUUCUCAGGAGGAUGAGCUUUUGCAGCCUCCGGAUGUGUUUACGACCAUCCAUCGCUCCAACAAACUUACGAAUGCGACAGAGGAUCCAUAUACGCUCGAACAGCUGACGAGCCCGCGGAUCAACACGCUCGUCGUCCGCCCCUUGGUAGACAGGCUAUACAACCCCGACGACAUGUCCAUAGUAUACUGCCUCCUCGCAAACCGCCUCCAGUUCCUCAAGGAGCAGACCGCCGCCAAACACCAAAGCGUGAGUCGCGCCCGGGCCGUCCUCUGCGAAAUCGUCGCCACAAAGGUCCUGCGCAAGCUCCACGAGGACAACCACCCCGACAAGGCGGGCGCCGCCGGCCUGCUGCGGCUGGCCAACGCCCUGGUGCAGGGGUUCGACCCUUUCUCUGGAGCGCCCCAAGACGUCGCCCUGGCCGGCAGGUACGCGCAUUGGCCGGUGCAGCGGCGCGGCGGCAACGAGAGGAAGCUCACGGCGCUGGAGCUGGCCAUUGUCUCGGAGAGCAAGACCCUGAUGAGCUCGCCGGCGUGUCUGCGCGUCGUGAGCGCCGUGUACGAGGGGCAGGUCGUGUACACGCCGAUAUCCUUCGUGGACAUCCUGCCCGAUCAUUACAAACACCAUCCGGUGUCGCUGUACGACCCGCGCAAGGCGCCGUUGCUGAGCCACUACCGCCUGAUUGUGCCAAAGUGGAGGAACUUGCUCGAAUCGAUGCAGUUCAUGGUGCUUCUGGGGCUGUACCUGUUGACCAUGGCAAAUCGAAGCAACUCGACAUCUCUGAAGCUGUAUGAAAGCCUGUUUGCCGUAUACACGAUGGGCUGGAUUCUGGACGAGUUUGCCGCCAUCAUCGAACAUGGCUGGGCGGUCCACUCGCAAAAGACGUGGUCGUUCUUGGACGUGACGUUUACCAUCAUCUUCUGCGCCUAUCUCUUUGCGCGGCUGUACGAGGUCUGGAUCCCAGUCGCUCAAGGUACCGGCGGCACAGGCUCUCUGGCGCUACAUAUACUAUGUGUCGCAGCGCCGGUCCUGCUCACACGAGUCGCGUUUAGUCUCAUGCCGGACAACAUCGUCUUCAUCUCGCUGCACGCCAUGAUGAAGGACUUUCUCGUGUUGACGUUCCUCACCCUCUGGUGCGUGGGAGGAUUCUUCUUAGCCUUGCAGUGGCUCCUCAUGGCAGGGCAAGGACCAGAGCCCGAGUGGUACACGGUCGCGAAAUGGCUCCUUUGGAUCUGGUUUGGGCUGGACGGCACGGGCAUCCAGGAGAGCGUGCAGUUCCACAUCGUCCUUGGCCCGGCCCUCAUCGUGGCGUUUGCAUUCCUGGGCAACACGCUGUUCCUGACGAUCCUGGUCGCCGUGCUGACCAACACCUUCUCGCGCAUCGUCGCCGCCGAAGCCGCCGAGAUCCAGUUCCGCCGAGCGGUGCUCACGUUCGAGUGCGUGAGGAGCGACGCCAUCUUUGCCUAUCCGCCCCCCUCGAACCUCCUAGCCCUGCUGUUCAUGCUGCCCCUGAAGCUCCUCGUCUCAGCGCGCAGGUUCCACACCGUCCACGUCGCCGUCGUCCGGGUGCUCAACUUCCCCGCGCUCUUGCUCAUCAGCUUGUACGAGCGCAACUUGUUCAGGGCCGGCGAGUCGAGGCGCGGCGUCAAGUCGAACCAGUUGCUCAGGUGGCGCUUCACCGGCUUCAACCCGCAUGGCGACAUCGAAGCCGUAUUUGAAGCAGAACCGCCGCCGGGUGCAAUGGACGAGGCUGGCGAGCUGGAUGGACUGAGUGAGCUCGGGUUCACGGACGAUGGCAUCUCCAGGUCCUCGAGGGAGAUGCCGAGGCCUGUGGUCUUUAGGCUGAGCAAUUCGAGGAGCAGGGACGAGACGCUGGCGAUGCUGGGCAGAGGGAGCCCUGGAGGAGAGGGGUUUGGAGCAUCUCAGGGGACUGGAUAUUCAUGA